CCUCCCCCCCCCCACCUCUCCUCCGUUGGCCGUCCGCCGGUCAAUUGUGUACUUUCUAUCAAAAUAAUCUCCUUGACUCUUUUCUUUUCUCCUUUCUUCCCGAGUAUCCCCCUUCACACACCUCCACAAUGCCCCCCCGGAUACAUAACCAACGGGUCACAAACACCCUCCUCCCCUACCUCUCCUCUACCUCCUCCACCACAGCCUCAUCCUCCUCUAUUUCCCGUCUCCCUUCCACAGGCACCGCCUCCAAUGGCAGCAGCCGCCCCUUCAGCACAACGCCAGCCCCCCAGAGCCGGAAAUGGCGGACAGACAUGUUCCAAUGGCUGGCCAAAGAAGGCUCCGAGCUAAAGUCUCACGUGCCGGGGCGGACCAACUACCUGACGCGGCUGAAGGAGCGUCGGGCUCGCGGCGAAGAAGGCGCCAACAGCAAGGCGGCCCUGACGCAUCCGUUCCCGCUGAACCCCUAUUUCUCUGCUGAGAAUAUCCUCAGUGAGGAGUUGCGGAAUGAGAUCCAUGCGAGGGUGACGGGCAAGAACAAGAAGAGUGUGCGUGCUGUUAGUGUUGAGCUGGGUGUUGAUAUGAGGAGGGUUGCGGCUGUUGUGCGGUUGGUUGAGUUGGAGAAGAGGAUGAAGAGUCAGAACAAGCAGCUGGCCCUCCCCUAUGCCCGGGCCGUCCACGAGAUGGUGCCCACCACACCGCUCUACAAGGACCCCGAGUACCAGCUUAGAAGGGCACACGAGUCCAUCAACGACCUACCCGUGCACAAGCUGACCAACGCACAAAUCUUCCACCCGAUCCCGGAAUCGCGUCACUUCACGCGUGCCGACGCUGGCCGCGUCUUCUCCGCCGCGCCGGCCCAGGAUCUCGCCACGGCUGCGGCCACUGCAGCCGACCCCACCGCGGCGGUCGACCGCGCGACGCAGCAGCCCGGCCGCAUUGAGCGCGUCGGCAAGGGCGAGUUCGAGACGCAAGUUCUGCAGCCGGCGGAGGCACGUAUCCCGCACCCGCACCUCGUGGCGCUGGAGCGCCACCGCCUCGCCCACCCGGAGGAGCCGCGCGAGACCAACAAGUACUACAGGACGCGGCUGCUCGAGCAGGAGCGCCUCGAGGGCGAGCAGCGCGCACAAGCAGCCGCGCGCGAGGAGCAGAGCACGAACAAGGUGGCACCCGCCGCGUCUCGGUUCGAAUUCCGCUUCCGGGACGUCGAGUUCAGCGAGAAGACGGUGGGACACGAUGGACGUGGUUCGCGUGCUCCGGGCCGACGAUAUGGUGUGCCGUCGGAAGAUCGCAAGAAGGGACAAGUCAAGAUCCCGACCAGUGUUGUUGUUUAAACUUCUUACUACUGUUCAUCAAUUCCUCCUGAUCCUGUCUCGUCCCUACUCCGCGAGACGGACGGGACUGGUUGGAUAUUAUCGACAUCGAUAUAUGUAUUUCUAGGAUUGAGCGUUGUGGGUGGAGUGUUCUGUAUCUGUAUUAUUUAUUAUCUAUCUCCUAGGUAUCACCAUCAACUAGC